ACUGAUUUAUCAAUGGUUCUACUCUCUUUUUCUUGGUCAGUGGCCAAUUCCACGUCAGUCGUAGGAUGGUUCCAGAAAGGGUGGAGCCUAUCCGGGAAAAUAGCACCCCGCUUUUCUCCAUCACCACCGCCUCCCUCCCUCCCCCUGGCCCCGGCACAUGUCUGAUCAGCACUCCUGCCAGUCCCCACCCACUUCCCUGGCAGCAUCGGUGCAGGCGGACUUUGCUGUCCCACCGCGUUUCCAGUGCAGAAGGAGCAACAAACAGCAGCGAGACUCUGGCAGAACAACCUCGACCCCUGGAUAACGGACACACACACACACACAAGGAGCAAGUUCAACCACCCAUCUAUUCCAGAGGCGAGGCGAGGCGCCGGGCUGUGCGUUGAUCUACCUUCCAGCUUCUUUCCUCUCGCCGACGGAGACGGAUGAACUUUCCCACCUUUGACCAGGAAGCGCCGAGCACCGCCGCCAACAAGCGGAGGUAGAGAGCUGAGGUGCAGCAGGAGCGCAGCGCUGUGGAUUCAGUGAUACGGGAGGAAUCGGCGCGCUCCCCGGGGUGGAUGGAUGCGUCUCUCCGGGGCUGUGCACGACCGCCGGUGGCACAUCGGGCCUAGAAACUGCCGGCGUUGGAACCCAGGGUGGAAGCAGAGCUCGCCAACGGGACUGCUCCGCUCGCCAUCGCCCACGUCUACAAAAAAUACAAGCUCUGCAGGCAUUUCCUCUCUCUGAUGGCCAGUCUUUUCUGCACCGGUUUGCCAGAGCUUUUACACACAGGUCUGACACACCGGGUCCAGAGGUUGAUGUAGUUCCGCAUUUUAACUCCAAAUUGGGAGACGGGACAUAACAGGGACACUCACUGGGGCUGAGCAGAAACCCCUCUCAGCUGGAGUCUACGUUGUGGAGACACGGCCGAUAACACAAGCGAGCUUCACGUCCUAGAGUUCAUUUGUUGCCAAUCCAUCCUGUUUGAAUUAAUGCAAGACAAGGGGUGAAGGAGCAAAGCGAUCUGUGGAUGACCUGCAAACACCACCAGCUACCUGCGGCUCGCAGCCCCUUCGCCGGUGGAUGAGUUGGUCUUUACCCGGUUGAUGGAUCGGUGUGGCCAGGAUCUAUCUACCCUCAUCGAUGAUCCCUCCCUGCAGAGAAUUGAGAACUCGCAGCCCCAGCUCUUCGGAGCGGCGGGCAGUCGGUGCCGAGGGCAGGGCCACCGUGUGGUUGACACGUUCAACCACAAGGACGUGCAUGGUCUGGGCGGCCGGACCGCAGAUGUGGAGGAGUUGGCGGCGGCUGCAGCUGCCGGGUGCGAGCAGCGCGGGGACGCGCACCAGGAACCUUGGCGGGGGCGCGGGGAGGCCGCGGGCGCGCGCAGGGAGGCAAUGAUCAACGUGAACGGCGAGGUGUGGUCCCCGGGGUCUGGUCCCGGGGCUGCGGCAGAGUCACUGGCAGAUGAGCUGCGUCUUGUCCGUGUCCGUGUCCCCGACACAGGGCGGGAGGCAGAGUGGGGUCGCGGGGGCGCGGCUUGUGGCUUCGGCUCGUCCCUCUGCUUCACGGCGGGGGCGAGCGGCGACGAGAGCGCGGCGGGGGUCGGGGGCGAGCACGGGGGCGAGCCUGUGGUGGACAGUCAGCGGCAGAUCAACAACAGCGGGAUGCACGACCAAGCGGCGGGGGCGCGCUGGAGCCUGGACGGGGGCGAGCUCGGGGACGCGCAAGAGUAUGGAGUCGGGAGCGGGGACGCGCAGGAGUUUGGAGAUGGGAUCGGGGGCGCGGACAUGACGGGGGCGCGCUGGACUCUGGAGGCGGGCGGACCCGGGGACGCGCAGGAGUCUGGAGGCGGCCCCGGGGACGCGGAUGGAAGCGGGGGCGCGCAACCCGAGCCCGACCUGGUGAUCGAGGUGGCGGGGCGGCGCGUGCGCGCGCACAAGGCGGUGCUGUGCACGCGCAGCGAGUUCUUCCGCGCGCGGCGCUCGCGCCAGGUGGUGCGCGUCCGCGGGAUCGCGCUGACGGUCAUGCGCGCGCUGCUGGACCACGCCUACGGCGCGCGCCUGCAGGCACCCACGGUCGGGGGCGCGCCUGACGGGGACGUGGACGCGCACGCCGCUGCCGCGCUGCUCGCCGCCGCCCACGCGCUGCAGAUGCCGGGUGCGGUGCGCGCGGCCGAGAGGGCGUUGCGGGAGCAGCUACGGGCGCGCGCUUGCGGGCAGCUGCUGGAUGUGGCCAAGCGGCAGCGCGCUCCCGAUCUGGCCGACCUCUGCCUCGGCUUCAUGAGCGCGCAUUACCUGGACGUGUUGCGCGACCCCGCCGUCUACGGCCGCCUGACCGCUGCUGAGCGGGAGCUGAUCCUGCGGCGCAGGGAGGAGGCGGGGGCGCGCUGUCUGCUGCUGGCGGAGCUGGGCGACGGGCACGAGCGCUCGGGGGCGAGCAGCAGAGACAGCAGCCGCGCGCACAGCCCGUGCAGCCCGGAGCGCGCUCCCGACGAGGAGGUGGAAGGGGACGGGGGCGCGCGCUGGGUGCAUCGCCGGGACGCGCGCACGGGCGAGUGGCGGCGGCUGUCGCGCGUGCCCGAGGCGGUGUCGGGGGCGCGCGGCUGCGGCGUGUGCGCGCUGCACGGCUACCUCUUCGUGGCGGGCGGGACGCGGGGCGGGGACGAGCUGGCGGGGCCGCGCCCGUCUGCGCGCGCCCUGAGCUGGGAGCCGGCGACGGGCGCGUGGCGGGAGGCGCGCGCCAUGGGGCGGGCACGCGCGCGGCCGCGGCUGGCGGCGCUGGACGGCCGCGUGUACGCGCUGGGCGGAGACUGCGAGCUGGCGGUGGAGAGAUACGACCCGCGAUGUGACCGCUGGUCCCCGGUGGCGCCGCUACCCCGGGGCGCCUUCGCCAUCACCCCGCAGGCAGCAGCUUGCUCCGGCCGCCUCUACCUCACCGGGGGCUCCCUGUCCGCCCGCCUGCUCGCCUAUGAGCCGCGGCGGGACGAGUGGGAAGAGUGUCCGGGCAGCCCCGGUCCCAGUGGCCGCGCCGUCGCCCUCCUCGCCCGCCCGCCCUGGCUCUACCGCCUGGAGCUGGACCGGGACCAGUGCUCCCUGUCCGUGCACCGCUACAACACGGCGGGACGGGUAUGGGUGCGGGCCGCCUGCAUCAGCCCCGGACCCUCCCUGCAUCUGCAGCCCGCCCGCUGCGCCCUCCUCGGCCGCUCCGUCUACCUGCUGGGUCGAGCCGCCCUCCUGCGGCUGCUGCUGCCCCGGGACGGCGGUGACGGGAGCGGGGGUGGAUACAGGGGGCGGCGGCGGCAAGGGGACGGUGCAGAGGGGCAGCAGCAGCAGGAGGAGGGCGACGCGGAGGAGGAUGGAGAGGACUUCUCCUACCACCUGCUGCCACCCUGUCUCCAGGCCCGGGGGCCGCUCUUCCCCGUCGUCCUGGCCUUGCCCGAGAGCCCCAGGGACGGGCCGGGGUCGGAGUAACAGCCCUGCUUGUGGAGGGGAGAGUGGGUGGGGUAGUUGUGGAGGAGGGGGUCUUGUGAAGACGGCUGGAGGUGGUGAGGGGGAGUGUGUUGUUCCAUGGAGACAAAUGGAUGGGGCGGGGGCAUUGUCCAGUCUAUGGGGAGCCCAGGCAGGGUGAUGGGGUUUCAACAAGCGGUCACAGGUUCAAGGUGGGGAGGUCAGAGUUUCAGAGGGAAGAAUCCUCACCCUCAGAUGUAGUUGGAGGGGCUGGCGGAGUUAGAGACAACACCAACCCUUUGCAAGGUAUCUCCGCAAGCUCUCGAAUCUCCAAAGGGGGAGAAGGCUGCGUCUUGAUUGAUGCAGCGGGCAGCAGGGAUGGGAUGGGCCGAAGAGCCUGCUUCUGGGCUCUGCGGCUGAACACUAGUCUUUACUGGGGACUGAUCUCAUCUCAACCCUGGCCUUAGGUGAACCUCAAGCAUUUUGGGGGGCUCUGCCAGUCAAAUGAAAGGUGGAAGGACUUUGUACAGACGCGACGUCCAAGGUAGACACUUUUGUAUGUGAUUUUCAUGAAAUAAUGACCACUGUAAAGAUUUAAA